GGUCUCGUCUCAGGAGGGGGCGAGAUAAGUAGGUAUUUUGCCCGGAGCAUGCAAGGUACGACACAUGAACAGGGAUGAACAUGAAGUGCCCGGCGCAUAUGUUCGCAACCCAAGACAUCGGCCCCUCGAAAACAAACUCUCUCCAUCAUCCAUCACCAUGGCUAGCCAGCCGGAUGCUCGAGUACUAGAGGAGAUCUUGAAGACGCUCCAGCGUCUUGAGACAUGCCUUGACGGCCGAACCAACGUGAAUACACUUGGUACCACCGACGUAUCUAGUAUAUCGACGUCGACACACGCUACCUCAUCAUGGAGAGACCGAAGCUCAAGAAGGCCUUCGCACAGCAGCUCAAGUUCCCAGGGGCCAGGGCAUCAUGACCAACUUGGAAGCCCCAUCACCCCGUCAUACUCGUAUGACGCUCAAUCUGCCGUAUCCGCUUACAAGGCAUCUAUCGCUGAGCUGCGAAAGCGCUUUGAAUUCAUCGAUGACGGCUCCUCCGGUAUCAUCGGUGACACACCCGAUGCUACCAGUAAUACCAAUGUGCAGCCAGCUGUAGGGCUAGGGCUCUACGAAAAUGAGCAGGGAGCUGCCUCUGACGACGAAUACGAGUAUGACAUGGUUUACACCGAGUCCGCAUACUCGCAGUUUCCAUCUCGCUUAGACCUUGGAAAUUCUGGCGAAAAAGAAUUACCACCUCUUCCAGACAGCGCCCAACUGCGGGAUUACUCCCUCGCUGGUACAGCAUCGAGGUUCAAGACCGAGGACCAACAGCAAAAACCAGGUACCUUAGACGCCCAAAGCCGACAAGAACCACCACAUGCACAGGACGGGCCGAGUCAAGUGCGCCAGGGGACGCCUCUACACCAAUCUGUGCAAGGGUUCAGAUACGAUGAGCAACCUGACAGCGGGGCCGCCUCUAAUCCGAGUGCGUCUCGCCAGCACGAGUGGAAAUCGGUCAUCCGAAGGCGACAUGACCGUGUCGAAAUGGCAUAUUUUGCUUGGAACCGGUUCAAGGCCUCGCUGUGCUCCUCUUGGUGGUUUAUCUCGCAAGACCGAAAGGCCAACAAAUGUGAGAGGCGUCGUUUGCGGAAUGCUUUAACUCCUGACGCGGCAGUUCUACGGCUGGAGACUACUAGUACUACGGAAGGGACCAUGGUGUCCAGAUUGACCAGGAGUAUUGCUCGCCGGCUCAAGGUGGGGAAGAUGGAAUCAUGGCUCAGGGGAAGUGUUGACAAAGUGGCCUGAGAAAUGCUUUGGCCGUUCUCUCCUUAUGACUGCUAGUACCUACCUACCUUACUUAGUGGGAUAGGCUUAUAGGUAUAGUACCCUUUCUGUCUGAAUUAGUGGUCAGGGUCAUUCCUUGUUACUCCGGUGUCUGUUCAUUUUGAAUACCUUAGCUUGAGUCAUUCCUGCUAUCUAACGGCACUUUGUUCCUCGGUUCAUGUUGUCUAC